GACGAUAAAACAUUCUGUGAUUUCUAUCGAAGAAUCGGAGCGUGUCGCCACGGAGAACGAUGUUCACGUAAGCACGUUAAACCAAGUCUAUCGGAUACUGUGCUUUUACCCAAUCUAUACCAAAACCCCAAGUUGAAUAAAAAUGAGGGAGAGGAAAUGAACCCUAGACAGCUAGAACAGUAUUUCGACCAUUUUUUCAAAGACGUCUUUAUACGAUUUGCCCAAAUUGGAGAAGUUUAUGCCAUGGUGGUGAGUGAAAAUGACAAUAAUCACUUGAAUGGUAAUGUCUACGUUAAAUUCAAAGAUCCAGAGCUGGCAGAACAAGCCGUGGUACUCUUGAACCAAGAGUGGUUUGGUGGUCGUCCAGUCCACUGUGAACUAUCACCAGUUUCCAACUUCAGCGAUGCGGAUUGCAGAGCUUACGAAACCAAUACUUGUACCAGAGGAGAUAAAUGCAAUUUCAUGCAUGUCCGGAGACCCACCGCAGAAUUGAAAAGACAGCUAUUCAAAAGCCAGGACAAA